UGACAACGAUCUGAGCCGGGAGAGAGAGCAACUGCAGCGGCGAGUCACCGGGUAUCAGAGGGGAUGGAUUUGGCAGCAAUGUCGGCAAAUGCAGUCGCAACAACCCUAUGAAGAAACCGUUCACACCCAAGUUGCCCUGGCAGUUACCCCAUGGCUGCCCCUCCUCACCAUCAUCUGUUCAGCCUCUUUCUUUUAACCUCCCGCAUCCUUCUCCUCUUCCCUCCUCCUCACCCUGUGGCCUAUUAAUACCCUGCAGAGUCAAAACAGUCAGUUAAAGCUCCCACCACCAACGGUGAGCAUGAAUCAGAUACUACACGCUUCAUUGGAUAUUUACACUCGUCAUCUUUUCAGUCAGCAGCUAAGGGGAGGAAGAAAUUCAAAAAAAUGCGACAACAAAAAACGGAACAAGUGGAAAUUUGAAAAAUGCAACAACACGGAGACUUCAAGCCUCAGAUGCUAAACGGCUCCAACAGCUCAGUCAGCUUCAGUUGGAGCGUACUGGGGAUACUUUGGAUAAAGCCUCUACUUGACCCUUAGCUGUGACUAGAUAAAGAUUUUAACUUAAAAUACAAGCUAAGUUAUUUAUAAUAACACUAAGUUGUCUAAACAGCAGUAGUAUUUGGACCAGGCUGAAUAGAAAAAUACUUUAACUUGUAAAUAGCGCAAAUCUGAAGGUAAGUCCAGUUUCAGUCAGUUUGUGAUCAGAUUUUACACUGGGCCAUUCAUUUAACGCUGUCAUUUACUUUAAUUUGGUAUUUUUUGGUGUUUAUAAUUUUUAUAGCAUUUGAAGAUUUUUUUGUUGCCUGUUUGUGAAAGCAAAUGUUAAAGUUGUGUGCAUGUUGUGAAUUACGGAACAUUUGUUUUAAUUUUUUUGACAGACUGACAGCAAGGAUUACUCUGUAUUAUUAACUUGAGCUUUGAUUCAAUUGUUAGAACCAUUUUGUUAAGAUUUGUUUAGUGUAAAAUGGUUAAAUGACUGCCGUUUCUUUACAUCCAGUUCUGCAUCUGUCCUCGCUAUGACCUAAGACCAACUCCACCCAGAGCGUCUCUUGAAGGAUGACUGCUGUCUUCCCUUCUGAGAGCAACCCUGAUGGGACUGAAGCCCGGGCUGGGACAGCAGCAGCCACCGGCAACUGCUCAGUUUCAGAGGCAGACGCCAGGGAGUCUGUCGGAAGUACUGCUACUGGCACGGUCGCAGCUGCUGGUGGCCAAAGGUUUAGUCGCUGGAGCCACCAAGACAGCUCGGACAUCAACACAGAUGACGAGGGAGCCACCGUCCGCCGCCUCACUCCACUGGAAAGGCUCAAUCUGGAUAUGUGCCAGGAUGAAAGGGUGGUCCGUGAGCUGACAGUGGGUCGAAGAAUUGCCUUCUACAAGAUCCGUGGGGAAAUCGGCUGUGGAAAUUUCUCCCAUGUCAAGCUAGGGAUUCAUGCUCUCACCAAAGACAAAGUGGCCAUUAAGAUCUUAGACAAAACCAAGUUGGAUCAGAAGACUCAGAGGCUGCUUUCCAGAGAGAUCUCAAGCAUGGAGAAACUACAUCACCCCAACAUCAUACGCCUCUUUGAGGUGGUGGAAACGUUGUCACGUUUACAUUUAGUGAUGGAGUAUGCAAGUGGAGGGGAGCUCUAUACAAAGAUUACUACAGAAGGAAAACUUCCUGAGACUGAAAGCAAGCUCGUCUUUGCUCAGAUCCUCUCUGCUGUCAAACACAUGCAUGAGAACAACAUCAUCCACCGUGACUUGAAGGCAGAAAAUGUCUUCUACACCAGCAGCACCUGUGUCAAAGUGGGGGACUUUGGAUUUAGCACGCUGAGCCGCCGCGAUGAGACACUCAACACCUUUUGUGGCUCUCCGCCUUAUGCUGCACCAGAGCUCUUUCGGGAUGAGCAUUACGUUGGCGUUUUCGUAGAUAUCUGGGCCCUUGGGGUGAUGCUGUUUUUCAUGGUGACGUGCACCAUGCCAUUCAGGGCCGACACCGUGGCCAAACUGAAGCGGUGCAUCAUGGACGGGGCCUACGUGCUGCCCAGCUGGGUGCCAGAGGCGUGCCAGAGGCUCAUCAGAGGAAUCCUUCAGGUCGUACCAUCUGAUCGCUACACGGUGGAGCAGAUGAUGGGCUGUGAGUGGCUGCUCCCCGUGGAAUUCCCAUGUGCCAUGAAGCCCUUUAAACUAGACCCUUCAUAUCUAGCUGAGAGUGAUCCAUCUGAACUGCUGGAGGAGGAGCUGGAGGUAAAGGCAGCUCUAGAAACACUAGGAAUCACUCCAGAGCACAUCCUCAACAACCAGGGGAAAGACUGCAGGAGCUCCAUCACUGGAGUCUAUCGAAUCCUGUUGCACCGGGCUCAAAAGAGACGAGCUGUUGAGAACGCACCCGCCCUCACACAGAAAGCUGCACCGAAGACGACAAACAAAAAGGAACGACUAAAAGCGUACAGAACUCUACAGCACACCUCCAAACUCUGUGUGAUUCUGUAACAGAAAAAGCUGGCUCCGCUCUGGAAGUGAAACGGUUUUAUCAUCUGGGAUGAAACUGCAUGGAUUCCAUUUAAAGGCUUUUCAAUCCAGUAGUAUAAAUAAAGUAAUGGCACUUCAAACUCAUUCAGCUCUUGAAACUGGAGAUUUCUUACUUUAGUGUCUCUCUUCUUGUAAGGAAAUGUAGUCUCUGUGAGAAUGCUGCUGUAAUUUGAUCAUUAUUGACUGUUUUAUUAACAGGAUUUUGGAAAAUAUUGAAUUGUAAUGAUUUAUUUAAAUCAGUGUAAUGAUUAGAUGGCAUACAGAAUUAGUUUACAACAUAUAUAGCAGAUAUUUCCGCCUCUGGGCAGAAAUAACAGACUCUAAAAUCAUAAUAUAGUAGAAAUAAGCUACGAAACUAGAAGCAUGAUAAGUUGAAAAACUAGCGAAAUAUAGACACUAAACAUUAAAUGUUUUGUCUUUAAUCUUUACUUGCACUUUCCUCAAAUGCCUUAGAUUUUUUAUUGAAAUAUGAAAUCUAAUAAACUGAUUUCAUUGAUGUUUAUGAUCAUACAAAUGGAGAUUUUGCAUCUUAUAAGAUGUAUCUCUGUGAGAUGGUAUGACUGGUGACAUUUUUGUUUUUCAUUUUGGCUUGAAAAAGCUAGUAAAUGAAAUUAAGCUUUGGACUGCUGAGAUAUCUGCUACUAAAACUAUUGGUUCAAGUGGCAAAAGUAUAUUUUUCAGGUACUGCUGAAACAAAUUAACAAUGUAUUUAAGUUGUUUACGUCAUGUCUGUACUAAUGCACAGCCUGAAAUAAAUUUUAAUGUACAAUUUAAA